UUCUUGCUUAGUUCUUGACGCUGGACAAGCAUGGUGCGUUUCCGUCCUGAUGAAAAUAUCAAAGUGUGCGGUGUCCUUGUAUUGUCUCGGAGAGCACAGGUGUCACAGUCGGCCCCGGAACCUCAGCGGAGCGGAGAGGACAGCGUGUCCCCCACCGAGCGUCUGUCCUCGACCGAUAGGAUCCACCGUGUCCCCGGCAUGCGGAGCCGCUUUCUCCUUGACUGACCUACACGCCGCCCCUCGCUGGAGCAGUGGACGUCACUCAUUGCGCUCAGCACCUGCUGAUUAAAAGGGGCAGUGGGCAACAAGUGAAAGUGAGUGUGUUUCAGGCUGCAGGCCGACUCUCUAGCAGCUGACCUGGGCAACAAAAUAAGCCACGUUACGAAAUUCUUCCAGUCGUGGCUGCGCCAGGAGCAGCGCACCGAGGAGUUGAAGUUGCGCAGCUGACCGUCGGUGUUUGCACACACAAAUUUAAAACACAUAAGUUUUAAAACACGAAUACGGCAGUUGUUUGAGGAGGUUACCGGCGUUCACAUGAUGUACACAAUCACCAGAGGUCCCAGCAAACUUGUUACACAACGGAGGACAGGUCCCACACAACAGAUCGAGAGCAAAUUCAGCGACUUGAAACUGAAGCCGAGGUCUUGGCUGACGUCCAACUCUCCGCCGCCGAAAAUCGUCUUCAACCGCCCCAAUGGGAAACGCUACCACAGUGCAGCCAUGCAGAAAGCCGACAGCCCGGCAGAGGGAUUCACUCCUGCACAUGAGGAAAACGUUAGAUUUGUAUAUGAAGCAUGGCAGGAGGUGGAGCAGAAACUGGGGGAUGGUGGGGAGUCGACCAACAGCCAGGGGCCCAUUCAGUAUGCUGAGAAGACAUCGAGUGCUGCAAUGAAGAACUUUGUGCCCAUAGACCUGGAGGAGUGGUGGGCUCAGCGAUUCCUCGCCAACAUUGCCAACCUGUCGUGACUGUAGGCGGCUCUGAGCCAGGACAGGAAGAAGCAUGCUGAUGUUUCAUUAGUGAAGGCAUCACAAGAGUGAAGAGGAGCAGAAUCUGUCUCCAGGUUCUGUGGUUUAAGUGGGUCGUGCUUAAUUUCGAAUCUGAUUUGACACCCCAUGCUUCACACUGCUGUACAGAAAAUGAGAUGCACAACACAAAACUGCCCCUGAUGUGACAACAGAGCCCUGACUGUGAACUUGAACAGCGUGGACCUGAUGUUGUUGCUCAGAGGGCCCGCCUCUCUCUACUUGAAUGAUGUAUUGGAGAGACGUUAACAUUUUUCAUGUUAAAGAACCUGCCUCCUUUCACACGUGUGCUCAGCUGUAUAUAUGUCUUGGCUGAUCCUUUGGAUAUAAAAUGAUUGAAGCAAAAAAGUAAAAUGUUUCUCAAAAAUUGCUGUAUACAAUCACUUAUUUCAAUUUCCACACAUUCUUGAUUUAGUAUUAAUACAAGGUGAAAUACCAAAUGCUAAGGACUCAUUUUUGUGCCAUUAUGUACAGAUGACGACAGAGGGGCUGUGAAAUGUAUUUCAUACAUCUGUGUGGAUGAAAGGCAUCAUUUCUGAUGGUUUUUAUUUUUGACAUUUUAAUACAAACCCUAUUCUGAAGAAAUAUUUGAAUGUUUGUUUAAAAAAAAAAAGAAAACAGUAAAACCUGAAGCCUUCAUUGGACUAAUCACUUGUUGGUUGUCCAGGAAUAGUGCUCAUAGAUUAUUAUUUUUUUUUAUGGCCUAUUCUCACAGCACCUUAUUUGAAGAUUUAACAUUCCCAUCACUGAAGUAAAACCCGCACUUUUAAA